GACUGAACUUUACGACUGCCGCGUUACCUGGAUGAAAUUAAUGUAGUGAAGCAGUCAGUUUCAUACGUCGUGUACAUGCAAGGAGAUAAAGCUGUUCGAAAUUGUAAAAUGUCACUUGAGUUUACAUAUUUGUAUACAGAAUAUAAAGUAGCCAUAAUCUUAGGCAAUAUAGUGGGUUGACUUAACGAAUAUUUAGUGAGUAACAAUGGGCGGUGUGACUAUAAUUUAUGGACGACCUUUUAGCAACGCUCGAGUGACCUUGUUAGUGUCCACUUGAUAACUAUGACUAAAUGAGGGUUAUAAACCAGUGUGCAGAGUUGAAAUUAUGAUUUACAAUUGAUGAUUAGGUUUAUGAAUUAGAUUUAGGGUUUUCAUAAUGAACUGACCUCAGCUAUAAUCCAAAAGCUCUAUUUAACCAAAUAGAUGACUGAAUUUCGCCCUAAAAUUUGGGGCCUGCUAUAAAUUAAAGUCUUGCCGCGGUUAAUAGGCUAUUUAAUCACUUCGCAAUAGAUUAUUUAGACACCAAGAUGAAUUUCUCGGUGUUUCUACUUUGUUGAUGUGAAAUUACUUUCUUUGCGACAUUGGUGUCAUAAACAUAAGGCUCUUAUGCCUGACUAACGGGAGAUAUUUGGUGUUGCCUUUCUUAAGAAAGGCAAACAAUUGUUUGCAGACAACUUAAAAGUUCGGGUGAUAUUAGCUAGUAAUGCUAGUUAUCUUGGUCUCUAGGCUGAUAUAGAUGAGUAACCCUGUUUUUACUAAAGGUAUUUGGAGACCAGUCCCAAAUAGGAUGAAGCGCGCGUUUUGUGUUCCACGGUUAGCCACUGUCCAAGUCUGCUUAUAUUGCUUGUGACUGUAUGGCAACAGUGGGUAGUUUGCGAAUGAGGCACACUUGCCAAAGGAGAUUGUUUGGUUGCAGUCCUUAUCAUCAGUCGUAGGAUCCAAACAACUAAUACAAAUGGAUUGAAAUUCGUCCCAGUGACUAACCGGACUUAGUAGCUUAGCGGAUAACGCAAUAACAGGCGGCACUAGGUUCAAGUGCUAGAAAUAACAUCAACUCUGUAAUGCAUGUAUAACCAGCUAACGAGUCCCAAAUAGGAUGCAUCGCUCGUCCUGAAUUCCGUUGCCAGCCACCAUUUAACUCUGAUGAUAACGUAAGUUACUUAUCAACCAGAUUUAUAAAAUAGGCUCUAAAUUAUACUGUUUAUUUAAAUGCUAUUGAUAUUACCUGACUUCCCGAAAAAAUAAGAUAAACCAAGGUUCUUACCUGCGGUUUUAUUAUUUGAGAGUCAAGUAAUCCAAACAUAUCUGCUGCUCAAAGACUGAUGGUGAUACAUUAAUUCAUGCAUACGUAGACUGUUACACAAGUUAGUACUAGGAAUCACGCAUUUAAUUAUCUUUUUUUUUUUACAUAUUCAUAUGUUAAAUUCAUUAUAUUUCGCUUCUAUCGCGUUUCCUACCAUCAUCAACUGUGUUGACUUUGUUUAUCAAACAUGAUUUGCUUUUUAUUACAGGGUCUGUGUUUCCUUAUCAAUCAUUGUCGUCAGUCGUUAAACCUUAUAUUAAUUUAAAUCGUGAACAGCACAUUUCUGAAACUUCAUAAUGACGGUCUUGGGUGAAGAGUGGUUUGCUGUUGGAGACAUUUAUUUCAGAAAGCUUCAUCUUUACGAUAUGCCGUGGGGUAUGGGAUUUUCAAUAUCACAAUUCAAGACAUCGAUUUGUCAGUAUUCUGGUUAUAUCGCAAUGUAUUUGGAUGGCCAAGCGGGAGCAAAACCUAUACUUCAAAUAUAUACAUCAUCAGGCAAACUCGUUUCCCAAAGUGUUAUUUACUUUUCGACAUUGAAUUCAUUCCAUAAUAUGAAAAAAAUUAAACUUCCUCUUUUUCAGUGGAAAGAUGCACCUGGUAUAUUGCUUGGUUGGACUUUGUCAGAGGAUUUAUUAGUUAUCCAAAAAACAGGAUUCACUACCAUAUUAGAUCAUCAGGGCAAGUUUGUUCGACGUUUUAGUAUGGGACCUGAAGCUGAAGAAAGAGAAAUAAUUAGUGCUAAGCUUUUUACCAUUGAUUAUAAUACAGGAAUAGCUGUUCUUACCGGUGGAAACCACAUAUAUGUAACUACCAGUAUCGAAACUCCACGUAUGCGACGCCUUGUAGAAUUACCUGGACCAGUAAAGUCUUUGUCACAUUGGACUAUUGUCACAACACCUCUUGAAACUGGAACACCUGAUUCUUUUCGAAGCCCAUGGGUGAUGUUUUCAAACAAAAAGAAUUUGUACCGAGCUGACUUUGGAACAGUUGAAGGUAUUGAUUUGUCAAAGCUUACUAGGUCAACUGGUUCUGAUAUUUACCUAUUGUCUAUAUCUUUGAAUAUGCAAUUUGUUGCAAUUUAUUUAACCAAUGGUGAAUUGUUAAUUACCAAUACACGAUUUACUGAAUUACAUUCACAUAUUGACUUGACCCAACGUAUAUCAGUUAUGUUGGUGAAUAAUAAUAAUUCAGCUAAUCAAAAAUUCAAUCAUCCUAAAACGAUGCUUUGGUUAACUAAUUCAGCUGUUGUGCUUCAAUGGAAUAAUUUAAUUGCUAUUAUAAGUACACAGUCAGAUAUUUAUGAAACAUUUUAUGCUGAUGAUAUAUUCUUAGCACAAGAGAUUGAUGGAAUUCGCAUUCUAUCACCUACAUCACACGAAUUAUUACAACGUGUACCAUCCCCAUUAGAAUCACUUGGACGUAUUGGAGCAUCGUGUCCAGCCACAUGGUUAUUGUCUGCAAGUAAGAGUUUAAAAAUCAAUUGUGGACGUACUAAUGAUUAUUUAUUGCCUAUUAAACAACCUAAUCAAAUGAUUGAUGCAAUAUCACAUUGUAUUGAAGCAGCAUGUCAUGCAACUGUUGAUCCUAUUUGUCAACAAGAACUACUGGAAUCUGCUCAUUUAGGUCGAGGAUUAUUAUCAGCUAUGAUGAAUACUACUAAUGCUACUAUUUCUUCUACCACUGUUACUAACAAUAACAAUACAGGUCAUUAUUCAAUUGAGGCUAAAUUGAAAGAACUCGCGGAUCAUGCUGCAAAGGUUUGUCAAACUUUGCGUUUGUUGAAUAGCUUAGCUGUUCCAUGGUUAGGUAUUGCACUAACGUGGCGUCAGUUUCGUGAAUUAGGACCAAACAAAUUGUUUGAACGUUUAUUGAUACGCCGUCAUUACCCAAUGGCGAUUGAACUUGUUCGAAUCCAUCAAAAACAUAAAUGGCCAAUAAGCAUUCUAGAAGAAAGUCAAAGCAAUUAUGGGACAUGCACAUUUACUCGUUUACUUGCUCAUUGGGCAUGCAAUAGUUCUAUAACAUCUUCAGGAGCAGCUACAUUGAUAUCAGAACGGGUAGCAGCUAUUGUGGAUAAGUUAUUCAACAAUUCAUCAGAGAGCAAAUCUAAGUCUAGUAAUCAUCAUGCCAACUAUUACAGUACCUCUAUUCCUCAUUUGGACUUCGCUGAUGUAGCUAGUCAAGCUAUUUCAGCUGGUCGAGAAACAGUUGCGGAGCAAAUAUUAGAAUAUGAGCCACGCGCUUGGCGUCAGGUACCAUUACUUUUAAAAUUAUCUCGUUAUAAUCGUGCAUUAGUUCGAGCAGUAGAGACUGGAAAUCCUGAACUAAUUACGACAGUUGUGGUAGCAUUGCAAGAGCAGAGUAAAUUACCGCCGGCAGAUCUUGCAAUGGUACUUCGUCGGCAUCCAAUAGCUCUGGCCAUAUAUCAAGAGACAUUAGAACAAGCUGAUCAUUCUAAAUCCGGUUCUGAAAAUUCAACAAAAGCUGCUCUUUUAAAUUUUGAUCAUGAAAAUGAUCAUGCUUUAGAAGCUAAAAAAAUUGUUCUCUCAGCCUAUCAAGAAAAUAGUUUAGCUUCACGACUGACAUUAUUACAAAAUGCUGAAGAGAUUUAUCGUCAAUCAAAGAAUGAUUUUAUGGCUCAGCAAUGUAACGCACAAGUUCGUCUAUUGAAAUUUCAAAGUAAACUUGAGAAACAAGAAAUAUCUGCUCCUGUCUUCGAAAUUAAAUCCAUACCCGGCUCUAAUCGUAUAUUACCCGAGGUAGUACAGUCUGGUAGUAUAAAUGAGAAGCUUUGGGUUGGUCAGUCGUUAAACACAACACUCAGUCGUUUGUUAGCUUCCGGGCAAUCCGAACGUCAAGCAGAUCAAUUACGCAGAGAAUUUAGAGUUUCAGAAAAACGUUUCGCUUUUCUUCGUGUUGUUGGUAUGGCAAUCAAUAAUGCAUCUUGGUUAGAAAUGGAUAAAAUGAUUCGAGCAAAAAAACCACCGGUUAAUGUUGAGAUAUUAAUCAAAAUUUAUAUCGACGGCAAUCGUAUAGACGAAGCGAUAAAACUAAUUUCUAAACUUCCACCUGAACGAACAGUCCGUUUCUGGGUAAUGACUGGGAGAAUCGAAGAAGCCAUUCAAGUAGCUGUUCGUGAGAAAUCAGAAUAUGAUUUAUUGUAUAUUCAGCGCGAAGUCGGAAAAACCAACAAAGAAUUAUAUGAUCGGAUUACUAAUCUACGAGCACAAAUUCAGUGAUGAUUUAUAUUUUAACACAUAAAUAACCGGAAUUUCUCUGAAACGAUGUUAGUUUUAUCUACGUCUAAUCUUUGUUUUUUUUUUGAAAGAACAAACCUAUCUAUUUUUUAUCCUUUAUGAUUUACUUCAUCAAACUUGUAAAUACCGACUUGUGAUCAAUUGAUUUUUUCUAUUGAACUUCUUUCUUCUAUUGUACACACAUUGACUGAUUGUGCCAUUUUUUUGCUUAAUGGUAAAACCUCUCAUAAUCCUUAUCUUAACAUUUGAUUUUGUAAACAAAAUACUACUGUUACAACA